CCUUAAUUUGGCCUCCUCUUCACAAAACAUUUCAAACGUGUUCCUUUUCUCUCUCUCUUUUCCUUCUACACGCAUACAUAUAAAUAACCCUUUCAUUCUUCGCCGGAUUCUUCCAUUUCCAUCCCCAAAUCCCCAAAUCCCCAUUCCAAUUACUCUCUCUAUCUUUCCUCUUCCCUCUUCCUUUUUCAUCAUCUGCCUCUCUCUCUUUUAAUGGCCCUUCUCCCCGUUUCCAUCGACCACAAUUGCAACUUGGAACUUCGUCUUUCUCCUUCUUCUUCUACCUUUCUCUCUCAUCCUCUUCCUCAUUCCCACCACCACCCUCCUCUCCACCACUUCUUGGAUGAUGAUGAUGAAUGUAACAAAAAUUCUCACCAGCAGAUGACCAUUUUCUAUAAUGGUAGAGUUUGUGUUGCGGAUUUUACAGAGGAUCAGGCUAAAGCUAUAAUAAUGCUUGCAUCAAGACAGGUCGAGGACAGAUCCACAAAUCCUGAACACAAAUUGGAACGUCCAUCUACGUCCCCGGACCAGUGUCACCGCGAACCUGUUUCUCUUUCUGUUUCUGGUUCCGGUUCCGGUUCUGGGCUCUCUAUGAAGCGAUCUUUGCAGAGGUUUUUACAGAAAAGGAAGAACAGGAUUCAAUCUGCUUCACCUUACAAUCAUUAACCAUCCAUUCAUCCACUUUUUCUUCUUUUUCUUUUUUCUUUUAUUACUUUUGUGAGAUCUGAUUCAAAUAUGUAACAACAUUUAGACUUGUGCUUUGUAAAGAACUUACUUUUUUGGAGUUCCUUCA